AUGAAGCUCUCAGAAACGAUGCAGCCUAGCCAGGUAUUGGCGACGAAGCGCAAGCUUCCUAUGUCGGAGAGCCAGUACACAAAUGGUGCGAAGAGAAAUGGGACGGAGAGAACAAAAGCCGACGUGAAGAAAUCGCUAUCUAGCGAAUUCAAGCAUCUUGAAAUUCUGUUCUCCCCAUCCGUUGAGAUGAAGAUAUGGGCUGUCGCUGAGAGAAGCCUCAACAUGCCAGAGCCGCCUACUUGGUUUCCGGAAUAUACCAAACCAGGAAGCACUGAAUAUGCUUCUAAAUGGUGGACGGAGAGCCUUCACCAAAACGGGUCUCUCAUGGGCACGCACGAUCUGGGAUUCAUGAUUUGCCCCUGGGCCCGUUUGCAGUGGGAUCUCCAUCGUGACCCAAAGGCGUUCGACACAUUAAUGACGGCCGCCAACACCCUAGCAGACCGUUUCUCGGCAAAGGUCGGCUGCAUACGAUCAUGGGAUGUGUGUCAAACAAAGGUUUAUUCGUUUACAGACCCAAGCAAGGACUUUCUUGUUAUUAUCGACAAUAUGAUGAACCUCGACCUCCUCUUCUGGGCAGCAUCCGAGGCCUCUUCCCAAGCUGACUCAACUCGGUUCUUCGACAUCGCGAUGGCCCAUGCUCGCACAUCGAAAGAGUACCUUAUUCGUGCCGACUGGUCAAGCUACCACGUUGCCAACUUCGACCCUUCGACUGGCACUCUCAAAGAACGCCUCACGAACCAGGGCUACAGCCAUACAUCAUGUUGGUCGCGAGGUCAGGCGUGGGCAAUUGCAGGGUUUGCAAAGUCUUAUGAAUGGAGUGGCGAUAACUCUUUUCUUGACACGGCCAAGAACUGUGCCGAUUACUUCUUGGGGAGAUUACCUGAUACCCAUAUCCCGCCCUGGGACUUUGACGCACAAGAGGAGUCUGGUGCUACUACGCAACCCCCAGAUACAAGCGCAGCCAUGGUCGCUGCUUACGGCAUGCUGCUCAUCCACCAAUCCCUCCAGAGUUGCUCCGAGCCAUCUCCGUAUCUCGGCCAUGCCCUACGGAUAGUAGAUUCUGUUUGCGAGAGACACUUGAACCCUGCCGCCAGUCAGAAACAGGACCUGGGGACGAUUCCUACAGUGGAAAAUGGCCGUGCCACUAUUGUCAAGUGUGUUGAGACAGCUGCAGGGCUCGGAGAUACCAUCCUCAACGGAGCGACUAUCAACAAUUUCGAAUUUGCUCCUCGUCGCUGGGCUGAUCAUGGGCUUGUGUAUGCUGAUUACUUUUUUGUCCUGUUUGGAAACAAGCUUUUAGAAAUGAAUGCAUUGAGGUCACUAGCAUAG